ACCGUGACCAGAGGUUUACGGCCCGGGAAUGGGCUCUACGCGCUACGUGCCCCCGGCGGCCCAGGCCGGAGCCGAGUGUUAACCGCCCCUCGAGGGGCCCCGCGGGGGCGCGGUCUCGGGGCGGGGCGCGACCUGAGACGGCGAUGAGAGAGUUAACCGCCCGGAGGGGCCGUGGUGGCGGGGCCUCGGGGCGGGGCGAGGCCUGGGGGAGGUGCUGGCGGCGGAAGAGGCCGGCGGUCUGCGCCCGGCGCGCUUCGGCAACUUUAGGCUGGCUGCUCCCGAGGACCGGCGACCUCCCGGCACGGGAAGCCGAGCGAGGUUCGAGGGCGGUGACAGGGGUGCGGGGCGCGUGAGGGGGAAGGUCCCUCGACAGGCCGAAAGGAGGCGAACUCGCGAGUCUCGAGAGACCGGGACAGGUCGAUCCCGACCGGGAGCUCGACUUUCAGAAGAGAGGCCCCAGCAAGCCUCUUGAGGGGAGUUCUCCAGCUCCUCACCUCCAUGGGCCAGACAGCCUCGGCAGGGGGCGGCAGCAGCAGCACCCACACGCCGCAGGCCCUGUACCCUGACCUGUCUUGUCCCGAGGGCUUGGAGGAGCUGCUCUCGGCUCCCCCUCCUGACCUGGGGGCCCAACGGCGCCACGGCUGGAACCCCAAGGACUGCUCAGAGAACAUCGAGGUCAAGGAAGGGGGGUUGUGCUUUGAACGGCGGCCCGUGGCCCAGAGCACUGAUGGGGCCCGGGGUAAGAGGGGCUACUCGAGGGGCUUGCACGCCUGGGAGAUCAGCUGGCCCCGGGAGCAGAGGGGCACCCACGCUGUGGUGGGCGUGGCCACGGCCCUGGCGCCGCUGCAGGCUGACCACUAUGCGGCGCUGCUGGGCAGCAACAGCGAGUCGUGGGGCUGGGACCUUGGGCGCGGGAAGCUGUACCAUCAGAGCAAGGGGCCCGAGGCCCCCCGGUAUCCAGCCGGACCGCAGGGUGAGCAGCUGGAGGUGCCGGAGAGGCUGCUGGUGGUUCUGGAUAUGGAGGAGGGAACUCUGGGCUACGCUAUUGGGGGCAUCUACUUGGGGCCGGCCUUCCGCGGACUGAAGGGCAGGACCCUCUAUCCAGCAGUAAGCGCUGUCUGGGGCCAGUGCCAGGUCCGCAUCAGCUACCUGGGCGAAAGGAGAGGUGAGGCCUGGGGCAGGUGUGGGGAGAGUAAGUUCUGUCACUGGGGUCUGUGGUUUUGGGAUGGAAGCUCAACGCCUUACAAGAGCAGAGGGAACUGGCCUUCAUCUGACCCGUCUCCUACCCCUAUUCAGUGCCAGGAAUGGCUAAGAGUCUUCACAGCUGUUACCUAACUCAAUCUUCCUAACAGCCAUAGAGGUAAAAGUAAGGCUUGGGAAAGCAACUUGCUAGUGAGAGGUGAACCCUCGGAAUGGAGUGAAGCCCUGUGGGGAUUAGGGCUUCACAGGAGAGAUCAGCCCGUGGAGCAAGAGGUGCAAAGGGUUAGAUUUGUCCUGGGCUAGGUGUACAAGUCCCAGAGGAAGAGGACUGGCGGUGCCAGGCGCCCAGGGUGUGUACCCGGCUCACUGGGCUCUGACUCUGACACAUACCUACUUCCUUCCUCAGUCGAACCCCAGGAAGGAGCCGUUGAGGUCCAGGCACCUGGAAGAGCAGUGAAGGAGGCAGGGCCUUGGGGCUGAGCGGACUUAACUGUUCUGCAGUUGCCGAGUCUGCAGCAGAGGGUGGCCGCCUCUCCCCCGUAGCCCAUGGGAGCUAUUGUAGAGUGGAGGAGGGCCACCCUUCCUUUCACCUCCUCAGCCCCAGCUCUGGGGCCUCUCUGGAUUCAAAGCCUGGGCCAGCUCCACGGUCAGAGCCGCCUCGGCCUGUUGCGGCCUGUUGCUUAAGACGGCCUUACUUAGAGCUUCACCCCAACUCCGACCGGGGACGUGUGAGAUCCAUGAUGCGUCCGCCAUAAGAGCAGAUGCAGAACUUCAGGGCACCAUAGACCUCCCCUGAACCGAGGUGGGAGCAGACUUGCAGCAGGAAAACGGAAGGGACUCUGGGCAGGACCCCGUGGUUUGAGGAUGUCUGGCUGGUGGUCGCACCCGUACUUACCUUCCCUCAUUCUCUCUCCCAGCCGAGCCACACUCCCUUCUGCACCUGAGCCGCCUGUGUGUGCGCCACGCCCUGGGGGAUACGCGGCUAGGCCACGUUUCUGCUCUGCCCUUGCCCCCCGCCAUGAAGCGCUACCUGCUCUACCGGUGACCCCUGUGAUACCACAGAUUGCGCUGGGGCCUUGACCCACGCCUCGGGGGGAGGCAGCACUGCUGGCCUAGACCAGCUGCCUGAAGCCGGUGACGCUGGGUCCCACCCCACCCCAAGCUCUGGGGAGCACUAUAGCCCCAGGGCCACCCAGAGGGUGGAAGGGAGGGAGCUGUUACUCAAGGCUGCGGCAGCCUGGUACACAAGACAUUUCUGCAAGUAAAAGUUGUAAGAGAUGUGCUGCUGUAGAAACCUGUUUGUGGUUUUUUGGUUUUUUUUUUUUUUGCACAAGGGUCCUGUGGCUGCGUC